CUGCCUGACCUCCCGUACGGUUACGACGCCCUCGCUCCCAUCAUUUCUGCGGAGAUAAUGGAACUCCACCACAAGAAGCACCACCAAGCCUACGUCACCGGCGUGAACAAGGCGCUGGAACAGUAUGCCGAGGCGGAGCACAAGGGGGACGUGCCAAGAUGA